CAGCCUCCAUAUUGGAAUUAUAGAGAUCAAUCUUCCUACCUGACUGAUGAUCGACAUACGGCCCGUCAGUCUGUUGAAGGGGCAUCGCAAUCAAACUAUGAGGCAUCUGGCUAUACCUCGACUGGAUUGCGCUCGUACACAACAGAAACUUAUUCGGCACCAGGUUCGAGCUUAUCGGUUGGUGUUGGUGCUGUAGGUUCAUGUACACCUACGAAUCCUUUAGAAUGGACUGGUCAAGUUACAGUUCGUAAGAAACGUAAACCGUACUCCAAAUUCCAAACACUGGAGUUAGAAAAGGAAUUUCUGUUCAAUGCAUACGUAUCGAAACAGAAACGUUGGGAGCUUGCGCGAAAUUUGAACCUCACUGAAAGACAGGUAAAAAUCUGGUUUCAAAAUCGUCGGAUGAAAAACAAGAAAAACUCGCAGCGGCAGGCAGCCCAACAGAACAAUAAUAACAGUUCGAGUAGUAAUCACAAUCAUGGUCAGCAGCCAACGCAUCACAACCCCCACCACAUUAAUUUAGGACUUGGAAUGACGCAUCAUGCUCCGAAAAUGCAUCAGUGACCCUUAGAAAACAGCAGUGCUAUGGGAUUUGCAGGCUUUUAGAGCCACUUCAGAUGAGUUAAACUCAAUGCAGCACCUCCCCUCUAGAAUAUUGUUCAUUUAGAGUUUAUACAGUGAUUAGUUUGAAAGUUGUUUUGUUUUCCAUUUAUUUAUUUAAUAUUUUUGUAUUAACGAUUGAGUAGAAACCAACGACAAAUCAAAAAACUUUUAUGCGAAUCCCCAAACUGCUGCAGCAAUAUAGAUUUCAUUUUAGUUUAGAACAUUUCGUGUAAUUACACAAACAGGAAAAUCAUCACACAAAAAUAUGUCAUGAUUUAAAAUGAUUGAAAUCAACACAAUAAAAUAAAUCUAGAUAAUUUUUUGUUAACGCUACUAUAUUGUAUAACAAUAGACUUACGUACUUUUGUUCCUGUGUAAAUAUUGAAUUUAUAUUUCUUCAAUAGAAAUUUUAAUAAUAAAUUGGCAAAGAACGAAUCACAAUUACAAAACACAUCUACAAUUUUGAGUAGAUUGGAAUGAUAUGAAAUCAAUAGACGAAUAAGAACACACAAAAAAAAAUAAAGAAACAAUAUUUUGAAGAAAUUAAAAAAAAAAUAAUUUAAUAACCAAAAAAUAUUCAAAAAAUAAACAUCCCAGUUUCUAGUAAGUAAUUUAUUUUAGGUCUGUGUAGAAAUGUGAGCGUGUACAAUUUACUCAGCAUUUAGAGAUUAAGCUUAGAUUCGUUUUUGUUAAAGUUUUCUUUUCCAGUUAUUCCCUAGGUCUCAUUCAUUUCUAAAAAAGAAACACGUUUUAUAAAAUGUGUUGAAGGACAUCGGUUAAUUUUGAAUGUUUCGUAUCUCUAUGAGCUCCUCGACGAUAUUUUUUGUUUCGUUGGGAGAAAAAAUAUUUUUUCGAAGAAUUAUUAAUUUAGAAAAACAAACGGCAAUUAUCAUUUUCAUUAAAUUGUGAUUUUAUGUUAAGUGCUAAUUAUAGAGCUGAAGACGGUCAUGUACGAAAAUCUUUAAAGUAAAAAAUAUGUCGAAAUUUCAUAGAAAAUUUGGUUUUUUAUUUGACAAGGUUACAUCUUUGAUUUUUUCUCUUUAUGUUGCGGAAAUCUCAUUUUUAUUUGGAUUUCAUGCUUUCGCUCUAUGAAAUAUAGAGCUAGAUAUUGAGAAAACAACGUGCCAAUUUAUUGCGUCAACUAACUAAAUAGUCAUCCCGUCCCGAGCCGGAAUAAGGCCAAUUCAAAAAAUAAGUUCUGCCACGUUGAUAUGGAAUUUACCGUGUGUAACUGAGCUUUAGUACUCUUCGUUCAGAGGAUAUUUACUUGUGCCGGUUUCUAUUUAUAUCGGUUUUCAACUUGGAUAUAAAAUAAUUUCAACAAAAACAUUUGAAAUUCGCAAAGUGGCUCACUUUACUAGGGCGUACUACUCCUAUAUAAUAUCAUACACUUCAUGCAAUGUCUGAUAUGUGCAACGCUUUCACAUUACACAGAGUGCUUUCGCAUGAGUAGGUUGUAGAAUAUCUACUGGGGUAAGUAUGGCAUUUUUUACGUAUACCUCAUACGUAUAUAUAGACCUAAUGUGAUCGCCUGAACUUUUGCGAAAAGUGCUCGAAUGUUAGGGAGAAAAGAUAAGCAGCCUGUCACUAAAAAAAUUACCAGUUUUACGAUGAUUAACGGGCACAUCUCUCCGCCUUUCUUUCGCUUAGAUUCAUUACUAACUCACGCAUGUAACAUACUCUCACUUUCUUCAACCUGUAACAAUUCCAUCAUGCACUGGGAUCGGUAUUUGCCAAAAAUGCAGUUUUAGUUACCUCUUGUUUGUAACAUUGUGGGAACCUUGUAGCUGCGUUAGCCAAAAAUAAGCACAUUUCCAUCUGUGCUGACUGACUUUUCCGAUUUCCACUUUUGACAAUAUAGAAAGCCGCUUCAAUAGAGAGUCCUAUUUUCGAUGUCCAGCCGUGGAAUCAUUACAAGCGUUACGCCGAAUGUAUCUGAAACUAUGAAAACAUAACUAUUCUUUCUAUACAUUUGAUUAAUUUUGAUUUUAUUUAUGGAUUGUUUUAUUGAUCACACAUGUUAACACAAUGAGAACAAUAGAAGGUAAUUGAUUCAAAUGUAUUAGUUUUUGCGACAGGAAUAAAUGUUGAACCUCUCAAUAUCGAAUUUACAGACAGAUAUAAGCUUUUAUUGCCAAGCGAAAUGCGGAAUAAAAUACCGUGUGAAUUCAAUCAAAAGCGCAUGUUGGCAAAUUCAAAAAGGAAACAAUAUAAAUCUAAAUUCUGAAUUUUAAAAAUUACUAAAAACUAUUGUUCUUUAACGACUGUGCAAAAUGUAUGCAUUCCUUAUUAUCUGUUUAAAGAAGUAACUAAAUUUUCAGACGGUGUUAUUCUCUGCAAUUAAACUUCCACUGAUUUUUUUCAUAUUUCAUAUCAUGUUCAUUACUGUCAUGCUAGACUUGGUUAAAUAUAGGAAAUCUUUCGCCGUUUUACUAGUAUCGCCGUAAAAUUAUAUAAGAAGAAUAAUAAUUUUUAGAACUAGAUAAAUUAAAUGAAAUGAAAAAUUAGGAGUAAGACAAAUGAAAAUCUAGGAUAAAUUAUUCAGUAUGAAAUCAUAAAUGUUAACGCAUGAACCUGCAAUAAUAAAUAGCAUUGCAAACAAAAGACCAUAUUUAUGAAUCUACGAGAGAAGAUAAAUGGUUUUAAAAUAAGGUAAAAAACAUGAACUCAAUUAAUAUCGAUAGGCGCCAGUAAGGAAGCAUCGUCAAAAUGCAAGUAAUAUGAGAAGAUUUACUGCAGAAAAUAUUGACAAAAAUCCGCCAUUCGGCCGGUGAGUCGAGUUAUGAAUUUUGCAUUAAUGAUUAAUUAGGCGAACAGAAGAAUGUUGUGGUUUGACUUCAUUUGAUACUAGUAUUUCGUGUAUAUAAUACCAAAAUAUUAGAUAAUAAGAUAGCAAGGUAAAUAACGAUUAAUAAAUAAUAUAAAAUAAUUUAAAUAAAGGAAAUUUGGAAUUGUUGGUUUGGUUUUAAUAUGAAAUAUGAUGGUAAGUAAUUUCAACUUUGUAAUUAUGUCGGCAUAGGAACCACACAUCGUUUCUCCAGAUAUAACGCAGAGAGAAAAUUGACGCGUCAUAGAAUAAUGCUCUCAGUUUCUUCCAAGAACAGGUCCAGUUAGACUGUACGUUACCACACUGAUAAUACCGCGAUGACCUUUUUGUCGUACUCGAUUUACAGAACCAAAAGAAAGCAACUAAAGAAGGUCUUCGUUCUUAAUUUUUGCACAUAAUGACAUAUUAUCUCUUGCACUAGAUUAGAACAGAGGUUAUAG